UCUCCUCUCGUAGGCCUCAACUCUCCAUGAAGACCACAAGUGGACCUGGAGUGCGUUUGCUGCUGGUGUGGCUACUUUUUGUGCAAGAAGCAUGCGAGCUGUUUGCAUACACAAGCGUCGGGCCAUUGAAACCACCGAGGAAAACCCCACAUGGGUCGGUGGCAGGAGUGAGAACGGGAACAACAUCACUAGGCAGCAGCAGAGAAGACGGACCCGAAAUAAUGUCGGUUGUGGAACCGAUGACGACUCGGCUGCAAGUGCUGCAGAAGAUGGGGGCCGCAAUUUCGUUGCUGCCGGCCGCGGGGGCGGUUGCGGUAGGGGCGGGAGGCGGUUUGGCUUUCCCAGAGGAAGCCCGAGCUGCGAAGGGGAGCGCAGAUGCGACCCAGAAGGAGUGGAUUUCUGGGAAAGGAGCGCAGCCAAAGGGAUCAGAUGAUAAAACGGGGACCCGUAAAGAAUCCAAGUACCUCCGGUGCUUGAGCAACUGCCUGGCCGAUUGCCAAAAGCCUACGUACGGGCCGGAGAGGGACCGAGAAGAGUGCCUGCAGGCUUGCCAGGAUGAGUGCUGCAUGUCUUACGAGCAAUGCACCUAUACCGUCACGCAGAACAAGUAG